AGCUGCUCCAGAGGGGCACCGCGACCCCAUCCAGAUGUGGCCGCACCACUGGUCAAUGGCUGGGUUCUGCACAGGCUGUUCUGGCCCCAAGCGCAGUCUCAGCCCUGCCCUAUGCCAUCAGAGCCAACAACCAGUAGUGUUGGCCCCUCAGCGUCCACUUGCACCCAGAUCUGCAGCCUGCCCGCCUGGCCCUCCAAGCAGCCUCUUUCCAGAGAGAUGAGCCCUCCUCCCCCGGCCCCCGGGGAGGGCAGAGGGCCCAGCAGUGGGAGGGGCAGUGGGCCUGAAGUCACCCACACACAAACACUGCCCCCAGCGAGCCCUCAGGUGGGUGGCAGAGGCCGGUCUGAUGGUUCUAGCUCAUGCCCUCCCCCCUCCCCCUUCCCCGGCUCCCAGACCAUGAAUUUCCAGGUGACAGGCCUGGGCCUGGACAAAAUGAAGCUGGACAGCCCCCAGUCCUUCCUGGACCAGGAGGAGGCAGAGGAGGCUGAGGACAGGCAGCUGCUGGAGCCCGAGGCCUGGCGGACCUACGUGGAGCGCCGCAACGCUCUGCGCGAGUUCCUGACCUCAGACCUGAGCCCCCAGCUGCUCAAGCGCCACCACGCCCGCAUGGAGCUCCUCAGAAAGUGCUCCUACUACAUCGAGAUCCUCCCCAAGCCCCUGGCCCUGGGCGACCAGAACCCGCUGGUGCUGCCCAGCACCAUGUUCCAGCUCAUCGACCCCUGGAAGUUCCAGCGCAUGAAGAAGGUGGGCACAGCCCAGACCCAGAUCCAGCUCCUGCUGCUCGGGGACCUGCUGGAGCAGCUGGACCACGGCCGCGCUGCGCUGGACUCCCUGCUUGAGUCGCCCGACCCUCGGCCCUUCCUGGCCGGCUGGGGGCUCGUGGAGCGGCGGCUGGCGGACCUGUCGGCCAUCAUGGACAGCUUCCUGGCCAUGAUGGUGCCGGGGCGUCUGCACAUCAAGCACCGCCUCGUGUCCGACGUUGGCGCCACCAAGAUCCCGCACAUCCGACUCAUGUUGAGCACCAAGAUGCCUGUCAUGUUCGACCGCAAGGAGUCGGUGGCCUACCAGGACUGGGUCAGCCUGCGCUGGUUCGUCACCAUCCAGCCAGCUGUGCCCGAGCAGUUUGAGCUGCGCUUCAAGCUGCUGGACCCACGGACACAGCAGGAGUGCCUGCAGUGCGGCAUCAUCCCCGUGGCCGCCUGCACCUUCGACGUCCGGAACCUGCUGCCCAACCGCUCCUACAGGUUCACCGUCAAGCGGGCCGAGAGCUACACGCUGGUGUACGAGCCCUGGCGGGACAGCCUCACCCUGCAGACCAGGCCAGGGCCCCCCGAAGGGCCUGCCCCCAGUCGGCUGGGCAAGCCAGGCCUGCCCCUGACCACACCUUCCGAGAGAUGAUUUUCUGAUAUUUAUCCACUAAUAAAGAGGAGAGUAAACACA